AUGAGCCGUGUUCGGGAUGCUGGCUGUGUAGCUGCAGGGAUAGUGAUUGGGGCUGGUGCCUGGUACUGCGUCUACAAAUACACCAGGGGAAGAGACCAGAAGAAGAAGAGACUGGCCAAGCCCAAGAACCGGGCUGCAGCUGGGACUGGAGCCAGGGCUAAAGCUGGGCUAAGGGCUGGGUUCACUAUUGACCUUGGGCCAGGAUUCAGUCCCCCAGCCCCAGUCCAUACUGGGGCAGAGGACAAGGCUCAGGAUGAAGCCUCUGCUCUUGAUACUACAGGAGCUGAGACAGUGGUCCCAGCUGUGUCUAGCCCUGAGGCUCAGAGUGGGGCAGGAAAUCAGGUCCAGGAGACAGAUGGAGCUGGAGUUGGGCCUAAGACUGAAUCAGUAGUCGUGGCUGCAGCAGCCUCUUCAGUGGCACCACCUCCUAUAGUGGCAGAGGCUCCCACAGCUGCAGAGGUCCCUGCAGUGGCAGAAGCUCCCAGCACAGCAGAGGCGUCAAGGGCUUCAGCACCUCCCAGAGCGGCAGUGACUCCCGGGGCAGCAGCACCUCCCAGGGCAGCAGCACCCUCAGAAGCUGUGGAGGCUCCUGGGGUGGCAACACCUACUGAGGUAGCCCGGACUUCUGGAAUGGCAGCACCUGCAGAGGUGGUUGAGUCUCCUGUGCCCACACAGCCUGCUGGGUCAGCAGCACCUACUGGGGCUGCAGAGGCUCCUGGAACUUCAGGGUCCCCUAGAACAGCAGUAGCUGGCAAGAAAGCAACCCCUGGGGCUCACACUGGGGCUAUACCUAAGGCUGCCUCUGCCACUGGAGCUGUGCCCAAAGGUGGAGCCAAGGGUGGAACCCGGUCCCGGACUGGAGGCAAAGGCAAGAGCAAGAAAAGCAAGGUUGAAGUAGAUGAAUUGGGAAUGGGAUUCCGCCCUGGGGAUGGGGCUGCAGCAGCUGCUGCAGCCUCCGCUAAUGGGGGAGAGGCUUUCCUAGCAGAGGUCCCUGAUUCUGAGGAAGGGGAAUCUGGUUGGACUGACACAGAGUCGGAUUCAGAUUCUGAACCAGAAACCCAGCGCAGAGGGAGAGGGAAAAAACCUGUUCCCAUUCAGAAGCGCCCCUUUCCUUAUGAAAUUGAUGAGAUUCUGGGUGUCCGAGAUCUCAGGAAAGUACUUGCCUUGCUUCAGAAAUCAGAUGAUCCCUUCAUUCAACAGGUAGCUUUGCUCACCUUGAGCAACAAUGCCAAUUAUUCAUGUAACCAAGAGACGAUUCGCAAAUUGGGAGGCCUCCCAAUUAUUGCAAACAUGAUCAACAAAACUGAUCCCCACAUUAAAGAAAAAGCCUUAAUGGCCAUGAAUAACUUGAGUGAAAAUUAUGAAAACCAGGGCCGUCUUCAGGUAUACAUGAACAAAGUAAUGGAUGAUAUUAUGGCCUCUAACCUGAACUCAGCAGUACAGGUAGUUGGACUAAAAUUUUUAACGAACAUGACUAUUACCAAUGACUACCAGCACCUGCUUGUCAAUUCCAUUGCAAACUUUUUCCGUUUGUUAUCUCAGGGAGGUGGGAAAAUCAAGGUUGAGAUUCUGAAAAUACUUUCCAAUUUUGCUGAAAAUCCAGAUAUGCUUAAAAAACUUCUCAGUACCCAAGUGCCAUCAUCAUUUAGUUCCCUGUAUAAUUCUUACGUGGAAUCAGAAAUUCUUAUCAAUGCCCUUACUCUAUUUGAGAUUAUCUAUGACAAUCUCAGAGCAGAAGUGUUCAACUACAGAGAAUUCAACAAAGGUUCCCUUUUUUACUUAUGCACUACAUCUGGAGUGUGCGUUAAGAAAAUUCGAGCCUUAGCAAAUCACCAUGACCUCUUGGUAAAAGUGAAAGUUAUAAAACUGGUGAACAAAUUUUGA